GGGACACGGACACCUCACCCACCCCCACCUCAUCCCGUUCCGUUCUCAUUCAAUCACCUACCACCACCACCCUUCUUUCACUCACCUCUUCCAAUUCAAAUACCUUCAUUUCUUCAUUUUUCUAACUCUAACCAACUCACCGUUUUCUUUUUCAACCACAAAAAAAAAAAAAAACAAUAGGAAAAAUCUUUAAAACCCCUUUGAUCUUCCACCACCAUAAUUCAAUUAAAUUUCAAAUUGGGGGGUCUUAUAAAAUGUCAUCGCCAUCUACGAUACCAAACCUAGUAACAAACACGAGCGUCUCACGUGACACAAAGAGAAAGAAAAGGAAAAACAAGACACAACAAAAACACCAACAAGAUCAGAUUCUAAGCCGCCAGCCGAAGUGGAAAUCACAAGCUCAACAACAAAUCUACUCAUCCAAGCUACGCCAAGCCCUAACCGGAAUCAACCCGCCACGCCGAGGUAAAGCCGUCCGCGAAGCCGCCGAUAGAGCACUCGCCUUUACGGCUAAAGGGAGGACUAGAUGGAGCCGAGACAUUCUUACACGCCGGCUAAAACUCAAGUUUAGGAAGAAGAAGAAACAGAGGGUAACGGCUUCUCCGUCAACGCGGUCCAAGAAAUUGACGGUCAACGUUUUUCGGUUGAAGGGAAAGGGGGGACCCAGUGUGCAGAGGAAAGUAAGGUUCCUUGGACGGUUGGUUCCCGGUUGCAAGAAGGAACCGUUACCGGUAAUUCUUGAAGAAGCUAUUGAUUAUAUACCUGCGCUUGAGAUGCAGGUUCGAGCCAUGAGUGCUCUUUUUAAUUUACUAUCGGCUUCUACUUCCGGCGCCGGUGUCGGCUCCAGUUCCGGCUGAGACACUUUUGGUUUUGGGCUUGUAUGUAAUAUUUGCCAUGCCUUAUGUCCAUUUUUUUAUUUUUAUUAUUGUGAAUUAUUAUUACUACCAUGCUUAUUAUUGAAUAAACAAUUAUUAUAGUUGCUAAACAUAUU